AAAUGUCUGAUUGUGAAAAAGAAAAAGUAGAAAAUCCAAACAUUUCCAUCGAACCUCUCCAGAACAUAUCUUUAUUUAAAAAGUAUCGAUGGAGCAUUCUAACGGAAACGGCCUCGUACUCUUUGACUUCCAGCCUUUGACAAUCAGACCUAAAAAAAUUGAGCUUUGAAGUCUAAGCAAUUGGCAACGGCAUGUUCAAUAUGGUGGUAUUGAAUUAUUGCCAUGAAUACUAUUCAUAAUAACUCAACCUCUAAAUCGGGAGGCCAUCACAAUUUCUAAUAGAAUAAGUUCCAGGUGCAUUUCAGUAAAUUACUUUUUCUAUUUAUAUUUUCAAAGUAACGGUUCUGGCUAUUGCAAGUGGUAUUUACGUCAUGACACUGAAUCAUGUUGAGCAAGAGCUCUCGACAAAUGAAGACUACAAGGAAGAGCUCAAUGGGGAAGAAGUGCACAUGAAAAUAGUGAAGAACAACGAAACAAAUAUUCAUUCCUACACUUCUUUUACCAAUGGAAUUUCUAAAUUUACAUCCGAUUUUUAUCAGAAAUCGAUCCAAGGAAGUAGCGGUAAUGUUAUUAUUUCACCGUUGUCUGUAGUGAGUGCACUGGGCCUCGUUUCACAAGCAACAGGAGGCAAUACUUUUGAACAGAUAAAAAAUGGCUUGCAUUUGACCGAAAAUCAGACAAUUGUAGCCGAUCAUUUUCACAAAUACUUUAGCAAAUUACAGCAAGGCAUUGGGAAGACAACACUGGCCAUUUUAAACCAGAUUUAUGUGCAAGAAUGCUAUGAAAUAAAUGCCGAUUUCCAAGAUGUGGCCGAGAAAAAGUUUUUAUCGGGUGUCGAAUUGGUGGAUUUCGAAGAUUCCAUUGACACGGCUGAAUACAUAAAUCAAUUUGUCAAGAGAAAAACCAACAAUAAAAUUAAAGACUUAAUUGAACCACAUCUACUGAACUCCAAUACACGCGCGAUUUUAGUGAAUGCAGUUUCAUUCAAAGGCAUGUGGUUGGACGAAUUUGAAAAACCUAAAACACAUAAAGGAGACUUUUAUAACACUGAAUCGGAAACCGUUCUCGUUGACUAUAUGUAUAAAGAGAGUCAAUUCAACUACGCAGUAUUCGAUUCUUUGGAUGCCGCUGCAGUGCAAAUGAGAUACAGAAAUUCAAAUUUUUCAUUCAUUAUUCUUUUGCCACGCACUAUUGAUGGAUUGUCUGCACUAGAGGAUAAAAUUAAACAUUUUAAUCUAACCAAAAUCGUCGACAAAAUGCAAUUUAAGUGGAUUGAGCUCAAAGUUCCAAAAUUCAAAAUUGAAUUUGAUAUCAACUUGAAUGAUAUCUUAAAGAACUUGGGGAUGACUGAAAUGUUUACAUCGAAAGCAAAUUUCAGUGGUCUAUUGGAAUCUCGGCAAACGAACGAGCCGCUAUACGUUUCAAAUGUUAUCCAUAAAACUGCAAUUGAAAUCAACGAACAGGGUACUGAUGCCUAUUCUGCAACAGCUUCUGCAUUAAUAUUAUCGGGUGGCAUAAACGCAAUCAAGUUCCUUGCUGAUCAUCCAUUUUUCUUCUACAUUUGGGACAAUCAAACAAAGAAUGCAGUUUUCAGUGGCCGUGUCACUCAGUUCGAUUGAUUAAAAAUACUCUUUGAUGAGGAAUCAAACGUAGACUCAUUCAAUGAGAGUCACCAAUAUAUGUGCUAUCUUUCUUCCUUGAACAAAAAGUCUCAUAUAAUUUUGUAGAUUAAAACAAUUUAUUCCGAAUUCUUAAAUUUUAUAUCAAUUUAUAGUGGAUUUUCUUUUUCGAGUUCGAGAAUACAAAGUU